AUGCGUUGCAUCAUAAAACUGUUACGUGUUGCGCUACCUCAUCUAUUGUGUGUGAAACGGCUUCCUUGCGCCUUGCCAACAAUUUUCGCUCAUCUGGACAAUGGAGCUUCCACUUUUACUAAUGUGGACAAAUCGAAUUUGGAAGAAGUAAGAGCUGUGAUAGAAGACUUUAAUAAAGUGGCUGCUCCAUAUGCCAAACUUUGGAAAGGGCAAACAAAUCCGGCAUUUGAAUCUUGGAGUCAAGAUAGAGCUGAUGUUGAGUUAUUGACGAUAAUAUGCAGUCUUUCUUUCAGUCGCGCCGUUUCAAAUCCACAAUUGCUCAACAACCAUUAUGCUCCUUUUAGUAGCGGGGUUUAUGGCGAGACGUCAUACGAACAGAUGCAGUCGAUCAUUGAUCAAAUAGGGUUCCGCGAGUCGGAUGUUUUCCUAGAUUUGGGUUGCGGAGUAGGACAACUGGUGAUGUAUGUGGCAGGAGGAACUCGAGUGAAACGGUCCGUUGGUAUCGAAAUCAACGACCUACCUGCGAGAUAUGGAUCAGCGAUGGGUGAAGAUUUUUCUAAAUGGAUGAAAUGGUGGAAGAAGAAAUGUCGUCCCUUUCAGUUGAUUCAUGGUGAUAUGUUGGAUGAACAAUAUAGAAAUAUGAUCACUCAG